GAACAAGCAAAGUUGCUAAGAAUUCUGCACCUGUUUGAUGCCAUCGGAGGUGCCUCAUACUCAUACUUGACUAUCAUAUCAAUGGGAGUUCAAGUACUGAGCCCGUGGUCAUCACAGCAAACCCUUCGCUAACCGCAACCGAGCCUCUCCGAUCUCCAAGUCCAACCAACCUCACAUCACCACCUGCCCAGCUCCCUCAUCCACCACCCACGCCCCGAACCCACCAACGACAAUGUCACACCUCCCCCCGUCGCAGUUCACCGGCAGCGGCGGCCUGCAGCCGUGGUCCGUCCGCUCGAACUACCAAACCUACCGCUCACCAUUCGGGCCAAAAUACAAGACCGCCUGGAACUUCCACGGCUUGACGGUCGGUCGGAUGGCGCAGUUCGGCUUCACCCUCGGCGCCUUCGGCGGCGUCGCCGGCUUCUUCGCGCUCUUCUUCUUCGGCGAGGUGCCCAAGGUGCGCAAGGAUAUCCUGCAGAAGAUUCCGGGGCUGGGGGGCUACUGGGUCCGGGAGAUUCCGCCAGAGGACAACCCGUUUUAGAUGCGUGCAGUGCAUGGAGGAGGGGGGCAAGCAUGAGGAGACGCAGGGAUUGGGCAUUGUGUAUCAUAGAGAUAGAGGGCUCGACUGCGUGUAUAAUAUGAGAAGCGUUGCUGGGAUAUCGAGAUUUGGUGAUUGACUGGUUGUGUGGUUGUGAUGUCGAAUUUGAAUUUGAGGUGAUAGCUGAGAUGUGGAUUCGCGCAGUUCUUGUGUCAAAACAUUUCACGGGAUGCAGCUGGCAAGAGCAUGAUUUGUUUGCUCAAGGGGGCAUAUGUAGCUUAAUACGAUUGCAAUGACUAACAAACCAGGAAGAAACCCCAGAGUACAAAGAUACCGGAAGAUAGGAAAGGAAAAAGAAGUAGUUGUGCUCGUUCCACGCCAUUAUCCGUAGCCUUAGAACAAAAGUCAGGAUAAAGAAGCUCGGCGUGUCCUUGUAGUCUGUCGUGAGCAAAUUUCUU